UUCUUUUGCAGUUGAUGUCUUUGAACCCAGAUGUUUCAGCGAAUGCCUUCCAGGCCCUCUGGGAAAUCAGCGCUUAUCAGAACAUCGCUUCCGACAAAGUCAGCACUGAUCUUUGGUGCCCAGAGCUGAAGGACGUCACCCAAGCUUUCUAUAAUUUUGGAGCCUGUGCUUCUGCCUUGUUCCCUGCUGGACUUGUUCAGCAUGAAUUCAUGUCUGAAAUCUUAAAAUUCCCAGAAUACCCUCUUCAUACUGCAGACAUUAAGAAUGAAGUCUUUCCAGAAGAAGCCCACUUCCAGCUCAGCUUGGUAACAAUGCUCGGAGAUACAUUUAAGUUCCUGACAUUGUGCGUAACAUCCCAUCCGCACUGCUAUCCUGACCGCCAGUGCUUGGCCCUCCUUACACUAUUGUGUCGGGUCAGCCUGGACAAGAAUCUGCGGAAACAGCCCCUGAUGGACCUCCAGCAACUGCUGCUGGUCCUGCUUGAAGGCAUCCAGGGGUGGCAGGAAAAGCUGCCAGAAUUAUGCAGGUCUCUUUGCCACGUCUCGCAGCAUCAUCACAACUUGGUGGCUGUCGUGCGUUUGUUUCCAGAUGCCACAACUAGAGGACGACAACUGCGCAGAAGCCUUAGCCUCUACUUCAUUAUGAAACUGCUUGGAAAAAUGCAGAUGGUCCCAAACUCCUGGCAAGAAGAGAUCCAGCUCCAGCAGCUUUGCGAUCUCCUUCCCCUCAUGAAGCCUGCCUGCUUAAAGCAGGCCCUACAGAAGGCCCAGAAGCUUCAGGAGGAGCCAGCAAAAGACCAGCAGGAGACACCAACUGAUCUUGACCAUGAGGCCUGUUACCUUUGCUACAACCUUCUGGUAUUAGCCAACGUGGUUGUGGGAACCGAGCCUGCAUCUCCAAGAGAACAG